CAUGUCUGGCCUAUGUGGACCGCUUGUGCUUUUUUGUUUGAUCACCGUUCUCUGUUGGGCAGAUUGUAGCCACACUCAACAGGAUGAUAUGGCACCCCUUGAGGUGAAAUUUCAUUCUCUGGACUUCAGAAAUGUCUUGCACUGGAAACACCCAUAUAUGGCUGCUAACAGCCUGAAAUAUUUUGUGCAGUAUAAAGUAUAUGGAGACAAAGAUUGGACAAACUCUGAACACUGUCAAGGCACCAAAAUGCUCCAGUGUGACCUUAGUCAGGUGACAUCAGAUCCCAGAGAAUGGUACUACGCCAGGGUCUGUUCCCUCUCCCCUAAAGGCCCCUCAUCAUGGGUCAUUAGCCCCAGAUUUCACCCUCUGUGGGAGACCAGUUUCAGCCCACCCCGGAUAAAGCCGAGAGUGACAGGACAAGUCAUUUCGGUCCAGAUCAGACCUCCAAGAACUCCACUGCGAGGACAGAGGGGCAAUAGGAUACAAGUGACAAAACUGCAGAAACUGAUAUUCCGGAUAUACCUAAUGCACAAUGAUGUAGAAGAGGAAGUCCUUGAAACCGAUAGUUGUUCAAAGGAGCUUGUGAUCCAGGGACUGCGUCCCAAAACCACCUACUGCCUCCAGGCUGUGACCGUUAUUCCUCUCAAAGGCCACAAGAGCUUACGGAGUUCGCCAACCUGUAUCAGCACUCAUUGAGGGACAGGGAGUCUCCCACAGGGAGAAGAUGCUCCUGGACCAUUGUUAAACACAUACACACGCACUACAUAUUCAAAUGUCUGCAAAUUCUCACAAAAGUCAUAUGUACUACAAGACGAAACAUUUUUAAUUCAGUCAUUAUUUGACCCUCUUGUUCCAAAUUCAUGACUUUCUUCCUAGGAAAAAGAAAGAUGUUAGACAAACUGAAGUUAGGUUGACUAUACUUUUGAAGUUAACGACUACUAAAAAUAAAUGCAUGAACAAAUGCAUUUUUUUUAAGGCAGAAAACUGAAAACUGCUCCAACAUACCAAAUGUACAACAAAUGUAAAAGAGAUACAGCACAUGACAGAAGAAUAAAGCUGAAAAAAUCAUGAAAGAAAAUUGUAAGAAAACCAAAACUUAAAUGUUGUAUAAAGGAUUUAUUGGUCAUUUGUGUACAGUAAAAUAGUAGAAUUUGAUAUAAAUGCAAUGCUUGUGGGCUCAGCCCUUUUUUCUUUGAGCCCUCCUGGAGCAAAUUACCAGUUUGGUGAAACAUCACCAGUCUAUCUCUGAAUAGAACAGCUUUAAACAUUAAAUUGGUCACAUGGUUAAAACAUUGAAUAAAAACAGUUCUACACAGCGUAGACACUAAAAAGCUAAAACUAUUAGCAGUGCAUGUGUACCAUGUAACAAUUUUUCUAAUCCUUCUUGCACUCCACACAGAAACCAUGUUCCCCAAGACAGUAUGGGCAACUUCAACUUUGGUGAACACAAAAUCUUCUGUUAUUAUUUCCAAACUUCACAGAAGAUUUUCUGUCUUUCACCGUCCAAAUGAAACGGCUUAAAAUUGUUGGUCUCUGUAGUUUUCCCAUUUCAGGAGAAAUGAUUGUGCUUAUACAAUAACACCAGAUGAAUCCUUCAUAAACAGGCAUCAUAUUAUUAUUCAUCUAAAAAGUAAUGAUUAUUGCAAGACAUAAAAAGAGGCACCACAAUGUCUCUUGAGUCCAUUGAGUCCUAAUGUGCAGUUGUAUAUCUAAACUAGCAAAACAUUAAUCCAGUCCUGGGAUAAAACAUAGUUUCAAUACCUUAAGAUAACAGCAUAAAUGUAAUGAGCAACCAUCUUUACAUGAUUCAAAAUUAAAACUCCAGUGCUACACUUUAACAAAAUUUGUUCUUCGAAACACAUCACCACACAAUGGUUGUUGCUGAACAGGAGAAAAUGCUGGUCCGUGUGAAAACCUGACAUUUUAUGAAAAGCACAUGUAUACUAUAAUUGUAUAAUUAUAGUAAAUUACAGUAGAUAAUUACUUGUACUGACUAGAAAAGAUAUUUUCAAUACUGUAUAUGGAUAGUCAUUUCUCAAAUAUCUAUUCCAACAAAGAACUCUAAUACUUUUCCACCUGACACCAUAUAACCUCAAAGUAACUUUUCAUUUGUUUAAUUAAGCUUUUUUUUUUUUUUUUUAAA